CAACGUGGCCGGUGUUAAGUUAAUUAUCUUAAUUUCAAUUAGUAUAUUGUUUUAAAAAACAAAAUGCAGCACCUAAAGCCAAGUUUCAUUUCCACUAUGGAGUCGAAGAAGACCACUGACGCUGGUCUUACAACAGAUAUGAGGGAGAGAAGUAUCACAGGUAAUAAGUUUAAUGCAUUCUUAAAGUGUGCUUCAAUAAUUAUGAUAACAUUUGCAGAACACGUGUUAAAGAUAUGUCCAAAAUUCGAUUUGCUGUAUGACAUUUUUGGCAACCGUAGCAAUGUGAACGUCAAUAUUGUGAAAUCUGAUGCUUCUGUGGAGUGUCUUAUAAACCCAUCAGCAACAGAAGUAGAACCCAUUGCUAUGCCCACAAAUGUCGGAAAUGAAACCGAUUCGGCCAGUGCAUUGGAAGAUUCUCCAACUUCAUCCCGAUUAUCUAGAACGCGCGGAAUAAACCGAAACAGAUCUAGUUCUGCACAACGUGAAACUACAUUCUUCAUUAUUAUGUUACAACAACGCAGGAUCGAAAUUGAGGUACAAAAAAUAAAAAUUCUGAAAGAAAACGCGGAUUUAGAUAGAGCACAAGCACUUCGCGUGAAGAAAAUGGAAUUAGAGGCUUACAAGGAAGUGAGCUCAAAAAAUAUGAAAUAGAAAGACCGGAUGCUAUAAAACUGUUAGCGGAUGCGCUCAACAAUUUCAAUAAG